AUGGUCAAACGUAAAUUAUUGCUCAUUUCCAAUUCGACAAAUUUCGGAGGAGAAUAUUUGGAACAUUGUGCUAGUCAGUGCAGAGAUUUCUUAUCGGGAUGUAAAACUGUUUGUUUUGUUCCGUAUGCCUUGACUGAUACUGAAGGCUAUUUUAAUAAGGUGGAAAAUGCCUUUAAAAAGUAUAAUAUUUGUGAACAAGUUACAAAUGUUGCUCAAAAGGGUGGAAAUCCAAAGGAAAUUAUUCAAUCGGCUGAUGCUGUUUUUGUUGGAGGUGGAAAUACAUUUAGAUUGUUGAAGAAACUUUAUGAUAAUGAUUUAAUUUCAUUGAUUAGAAAGAGAGUUUUUGAGGAAAAUAUGAGAUACAUGUCUGCUUCAGCUGGCACAAAUGUUUCCUGCCCAACUAUAAGAACUACAAAUGAUAUGCCAAUCCUCUUCCCUCCAUCUUUCAAUGCUCUUCAACUUGUUCCAUUCCAAAUUAAUCCUCACUUUAUUGACAAGCACACUUUGGAAUCAUUAAAACAUAAUGGAGAAACUCGUGAACAAAGAAUUCAAGAGUUCCACGAAGAAUUGGAAAAUCAACAUGUUCCAGUAAUUGGCCUCAGAGAAGGAGCCAUGUUAUUGGUCGAAGAUGAUACCAUGACUUUGUGUGGAGCUAACGGGGCCAAAAUAUUUGCAAAUUCACAAGAAAUUGAAAAGGUAACAGGAGAUGAUUUAUCAUCCUAUUUGAAAUCCAAUUAA